AUCUUUUGAUCUUUGAGUCGAUUAUAUAAAUAUUUUACUUCCUGAAGCCCCAUGUAAUUGGACGAAAAUUAUUGGGGGCCCAUGCCGGUUUAUUGGGCCAGGAUAAGCCCAAAAACGAAUAAAACAGAAACUGGCGCGGCAAACCCAGCUCCUUCCCCCGCCCAGAUUCAGCUUCGCCAUCCAUCCAUCCAUGGCUGCCACGCAGAGGAAGAAGAAGCCGAAGAACCAAUCAGCGGAAGCUCAAUUCAACUACAACCUCAACUCCCACUCCAAAUCCAAAGACCUCCGCUCGGCCCUCUCCCUCUACGACUCCUCCGCCGCCGGAGAAACCGCCGUCCGUCUCAGCCAGCACCACUUCAAUACUCUUCUGUACCUCUGCUCCAUCUCCCUAGCCGACCCAUCGGCCAAAGACCUUGCCUUGGAGCAUGGGUUCCGCAUAUACGAUCACAUGGUCGCCUCCGGGAUUAAACCCAACGAGGCCUCCAUAACCUCCGUCGCUCGCCUCGCCGCCGCGAAAGGGGACGGCGGCUACGCUUUCGAUUUGGUGAAAAACUUGAUCGCCGAGAAGUCAUUGCCCAGGCUGCGGACUUACGACCCGGCGCUGUUCUGCUUCUGCGAGAAGUUGGAGGCGGACAAGGCGUUUGAAGUCGAGGAGCACAUGGAAAGCAACGGAGUUGUUCUGGAGGAAGCGGAGCUCGCGGCAUUGCUUAAGGUGAGUUCCGAGACUGGUAAACAAGAGAAAGUUUACGAGUAUUUGCAGAAAUUGAGGAAGGCCGUGAGGUGUGUGAGGCAGGAGACUGCUGAUGUGAUUAGGGAUUGGUUCGAUCGGUUCGAUUGCGAUGGGGUGGAAUUAGAUGCGGGUUUGAUUAGAGAUGCCAUUGCUAGGAAUGGUGGGGGAUGGCAUGGCUUGGGAUGGACUGGUGAAGGGAAGUGGGCUGUUGAGAGAGGGAGAGUUGGUGUUGAUGGCAAGUGUUUAUGUUGUGGGGAGCAAUUGGCUUGUGCUGAUAUUGCUGAAGAAGAAACCGAGAUCUUUGCUCGAUCAAUAACAGGUUUGGCUCUGGAUAGGGAGGUCAAGGCCAAUUUCAGUGAGUUUCAGGAUUGGCUGGAGAAGAAUGGCCAUUAUGAAGCUAUAAUUGAUGCAGCAAAUGUGGGCCUCUACCAGCAGAAUUUUUCAGAAGGGGGAUUCAGCAUCUCUCAGGUUGUGAAAUUUAGACAUGGAAAGCAGCUUGAUGCUGUAGUGAAAGAGCUGUACAAUAGAAAUGGGAAGAAAUGGCCACUGAUAGUCUUGCACAACAAGCGUGUUCGAGCUCUCCUAGAAAAUGCUUCCAAUAGAAAGUUCAUUGAAGAGUGGAAGGAGAACGGCGCUCUUUAUACAACACCACACGGUUCUAAUGAUGAUUGGUACUGGCUUUAUGCUGCAGUCAAACUCAGGUGCUUGCUAGUGACUAAUGAUGAAAUGCGAGAUCACAUUUUUGAGCUCCUAGGAAGCAGCUUCUUUAUCAAGUGGAAAGAAAGGCAUCAAGUAAAGUACACUUUUGCGAAGGGUACCUUAAAACUUCAGAUGCCGGCUCCUUUUUCUGUGGUCAUCCAGGAAUCAGAAAAAGGAUCAUGGCAUGUACCUAUAGCAGGCAGUGACACCGAAGAGUCUGCACAAACUUGGCUCUGCAUCACAAGAACAAGUUCUGCAGAUAAAACUCCCAAGGAAUCCAUGACCAUGGAAGCUUCUGAAAACGGCCAUGAGAACUGCUGCAAGAGCCAUCAUCCCUCCGACGUUAGUGACAGUAAAACCACAGCCAUUACAGGGAAAAGGAAGGAGAGGUCUCCAUCUCAUUCUUAGCUGGGAUCAUUGUAAUAAACAAGUUCCACAUGUGGCAAUUUGGAGCUUUUUUAAGCUGCUAUUCUCUUUGGUAGCCUAUGUUUUUCUGACUGCCUGCAAUUUGGUGCUUAACCCGUCCGCAGUCUCUUUGUUGUACUAUACAUGAGAGAUCAAAUCAUGCCCUCGUUUCAGGCAGAAUUGGUGUCGAGAUUCAGUUUUUUUUAUUAUUAUCAGUUUUCAUAUUUUAUUCUAGUUCAGCUUUUUUAUUCAGAACUCGUGGGAUCUCCUGUCCUUGUACUAUGUGAAUUUAUCGUCCGACAAAAUUGACACGUUUAAUAGCGAAUUUGGACUAGAAUUCGAAAGAAUUAAAAUA